UUUCUUUUUUUUUUUUUUCCUUGGCUGUACAGUGUUUUACUUCACUUUUUCUGGAGUUGUAUUCAACAUGCCAUCUCACUUAUUACAGUGGAUGAAAAAAGCUUGUAUUUAGUGUCCUCUUCUGCUUCUGGGUGUACACAUUUUGUUGCUUUGUCAUUCUCAUUUGUGAAAUUAGAAGCAAUUAUCACGUUAAGUUUGACUGAGUGACUAGGAAAGAUCCAUUAACUUUCUGCAUAAAAUGAUAGUUCAUGUGAGGCUCAUUUUCCUGGUAGGAAACAUGUUUAGGACUAGGAGAGGUAAGUCGGUGUCUGUGACUUAGUCUGAUGCUUUCAUUAGGGACUCCUUGUCCUUAAGCAUCCUCACAAUAUACACACACAUAGACAGCAUAGAGGAAUUACAGAGAAAGUGCAGACUAAAUUAAAGGUUUUGCAAAAAGUCUGCAUUUGCUGUAUGUUGUCUUCCCUUUUUUGUUAUUAUAAAAUACUUUUGUAUUAGCAGAUCUGCUUUCAUUUUUAUUGAAUAACUGGAAAGAGCUGAUAAUACUAUUCUAGCAUGCUGUUAACUGUGAAAUUAAGUGGUGUUUGUUUCCAGAAGUUUGUAAAAUUGUGGCCUGGUUUUAGGUUCUAUUAGUGAAGGCAGGAGUAUAUCUGACCUGCAGGCCAACUUGGGAUGCAUCUUUAAGAUCUCUAGUACAUCUGCUGAUGAUUUUCCAUUUGCAGUGAUGGAGAGGGCUCUUAAGCAGUAAAAUCAUUCUCAAGCACAGAAGUCGCACAAAGCCUGGGCAGCAUGUUGGAUGCAGGCCCAAGAAAAAGGAAUAAUUUCCUUCUUGUUUAUUAGUGGCCAAUUUUGAUAAGCGUUCACAUCUCUCUGUGAGCUUGCACCUUUAAACCAGGUCCCUGCUGAGACGGCAUAUGAUGUGUCCAACAACUGUUGCAUAAAGCAAUGGAGUGCUGCUGGUAAGAAGGAAGAAACAUCUUCACAAGAAAUACAGUUCAAGGAGGCUGAUGAAGGAGGCAUCAAAACUCAGAAAACGGCAGAGAGCUCCUGAAGUGUGUACAUCAGAGCAGAGUAAGACCGAAAGGAGCUGAUACCUGGAAUGGGAGAAGGAUCAUUUAGCCAAAGGGACCAGCAAGAAUCUAGAGCCUGAAUAAGAGAGACCUGCCGCUGAUAUGUGUAGUUUUCUUACUGAGUCUCUGCUUUGGAUGCAGCAAAGAAGUUAAUUGUACUAUGGAGUGAGAUGCUCUGCUCAGCGAAGCUCCAGGGGCACCAGCUGAGGACCUGGCUUAUUGUUCUUCUAGUGAAUUUCCCUUGAUUCUAAAAAUCAUCAGACACAUAGAACACUUUUGCAGCCAAAUGAAGUGGAGAAGCAAACUCUGAGGUCUUUUCAGUCCAGGCACCUUGGACGAGGAAUAUCUGGCACCACAUUCCUAUAAAUCAGAGGGUGUUUACUGAGACUGGACUGUUUUUCGGAAGACAGGAUUUUUUGCAGUAUUUAAUUACUCUAAGGACACAAAGAAUUUGAAAGGUGAGCUCAGAGGACAUAGCGAGUUCAACUGCAGUCGUUAGUAUUUUGUCUAUACUACGCUGGUUUGCUUCCAGUAACCCUAAAUGUGCAAGUUUGCAAAUUGAUGUUCUCUAUAUGUGUAUGUUGUGCAAAAUUACAGCAAAGACAAAUGCCUGACAAAAACUUAUUUCCUAUCCUACUUACACAGGAAAAUGCAAUUGACCCUUAAUGUGAGUAUUAUAUAGUUCCACAGAACUGAAAAUCUCGCUUCCAUGUACAAUGUAGGUUUGCUGACAACCCCUCAGAAUAUUUUUGUGAAGAGAAACAACCUUGAAAUGUGUUUAUGAUGUUUUUACACUGAAUGUAGAGAGAAGAUUCCUGACCACUAUAAUUUGGUUUAUGACUGAAGGCUUUUAAAAGAUUUUGUGACAUUCCUGUGCUCAAAGCCAUAAGAUUUCUAAGCAGUCUAGGAUUUCAGGGUAUGUUUCUCCGUCUGAUCAGCUCUCUCUGAGAGCCAGCAAUGCAGGAGCUCAAAUAGGAUGUGUUCCUGUCAGCACUGCUGCAGUUUCUGAAUACUUCGCAUUCAGUGGCAUGAAGACCAACAUUUGUCUGAUUAAAACAGUUUGAUAAGAAAGAAAAAAAAAAAAGACUGCUCUGCUUUUAGUAUAUUACAGUAUAUUUAUCAACUUGUGUCAAAUUCUUUGUGGUUGUAAAUCAGACAAGAUCAGACAUGUGGUCUUACAGUCUUAUCUGGGGUAACCUUUCCCUUUCUGUUUCCGUGCCUCAUGUUUGAGGUGACGCUCAUCUCCUAAGAAUCACGGGCUCCAGUUUUCAUAUAGCGCUGCCAUAACUCUGAUAAUGCUAUUAGGUGAUAAUUUUCCUAUAUACAGGAAAUCCUCUGUGCUCAGCAUCGCUGUGAUAUGGUUAUGGCACAAGCAGGCUUUUAUCACACGCUUGAUAUAAUCCUGAGAAUAUAUUGUGGCACAAGCAGUUAGAACUGGAAAAGAAAAGCAGAGAUUGUUCAGGCUUUAAUAACGACUGGAGGACAAUGAGACCCUAAUUUUGUGCAGAAGCAGUCAGCUCUGCAGUCAGCUCUGGGCUCUGGGACACUGUUUUGCGAUCUCUAUUCUGAAAUGGGUGAGGACAGUGGGGACAGGAACAAACAGCAUGGAGAUAAUGACCUACUAGACUGUUCCAACUCUGGGCAUAGUGAAUAUGUGUCCAUCUGUCUCACUUCUGGAUGACACCAAUUGAUCCAUUCCCUGCUGUUUAUCGAGAGUAGUCCUAGGAAAAAGGGGACUUGUGGCCCUGUAAAGUGCUGACUUGGGGUCUUUGUGUCAUUUCUCACAGACUACCUUCUCGUCAUGUCUUCUAUUCUUGGGAAGAUGAAGAAAUUCGGCAGUUCUGACAUGGAGGAAUCUGAAAUGACAGAUGAACACACAGACGGAGAGGACUCUGUGCUGGAAACACCUGACAGCCUCCAGGGUGUACUCAGCACCAAGGCACAGCCACCCAAAAGCAACAUCUUUGCAAGACGUGGGAGGUUUGUGAUGGGGGAUUGUGACAAGGACAUGGCUCCCAUGGACUCCAUUUACCAGAUGGAUCACCUGAUGGCACCUUCUGUCAUCAAAUUCCAUGCUAAUUUGGAAAGGGGAAAACUUCACAAGCUCCUAUCUACAGAUUCCAUCACAGGCUGCUCAGAAAAAGCUUUCAAAUUUUAUGACCGCAGAAGGAUUUUUGAUGCCGUAGCCCAGGGCAACACAAGGGACCUGGAUGAUCUGCUACUCUACCUUAAUAGAACCUUGAAGCAUCUCACAGAUGAUGAGUUCAAAGAGCCAGAAACUGGGAAAACCUGCUUACUGAAAGCCAUGCUGAAUCUACAUGAUGGGAAAAAUGAUACCAUUCCCUUGCUGCUCGAUAUUGCCAGGAAAACUGGAACUCUGAAAGAGUUUGUUAAUGCGGAGUACACUGACAACUACUACAAGGGCCAGACUGCGCUUCACAUCGCCAUCGAGAGAAGGAACAUGUACCUGGUGAAGCUCUUGGUCCAGAAUGGAGCAAAUGUUCAUGCCAGAGCCUGUGGGGAGUUCUUCAGGAAAAUCAAAGGGAAACCAGGCUUUUAUUUUGGGGAGCUGCCUUUGUCCCUGGCUGCCUGCACCAACCAGCUCUGCAUUGUGAAAUUUCUCCUUGAGAACCCCUACCAGGCAGCCGACAUCGCUGCUGAGGACUCCAUGGGCAAUACCGUCCUGCACACACUGGUGGAGAUUGCAGAUAAUACUAAGGAUAAUACCAAGUUUGUGACCAAGAUGUACAAUAAUAUAUUGAUCCUUGGUGCCAAAAUUAAUCCAAUCCUGAAGCUGGAAGAACUCACCAAUAAGAAAGGACUGACUCCAUUAACACUGGCAGCCAAAACAGGGAAGAUAGGGAUUUUUGCUUACAUCCUUGGACGAGAGAUCAAAGAUCCUGAGUGCAGACACUUGUCUAGGAAGUUCACUGAAUGGGCCUAUGGGCCUGUCCACUCAUCUCUUUAUGACCUGUCCUCUAUAGACACAAGUGAGAAAAACUCAGUGCUUGAGAUUAUUGCCUACAGCAGUGAAACACCAAACCGUCAUGAGAUGCUGCUGGUGGAACCCCUUAACAGGCUGCUGCAAGACAAGUGGGACCGGUUUGUCAAACACUUGUUUUACUUCAACUUCUUUGUCUAUACCAUGCAUAUCAUUAUCCUCACCGCCGCUGCUUACUACAGACCUGUAGAGAAGAAGGAAAAGCCGCCCUUUACGUUUGGUCACAGCACUGGGGAAUAUUUUCGAGUGACUGGAGAGAUCCUGAGUGUACUGGGAGGCCUCUAUUUUUUUUUCAGAGGGAUACAGUAUUUCGUGCAGAGGCGCCCAUCAUUCAAGACGCUGAUAGUUGACAGCUACAGUGAGGUUCUUUUCUUUGUCCACUCCUUGCUCCUCCUGAGCUCUGUGGUGCUGUACUUCUGUGGCCAGGAACUCUACGUGGCUUCCAUGGUCUUCUCCUUGGCACUGGGCUGGGCUAACAUGCUGUACUACACCCGUGGCUUCCAGCAGAUGGGCAUUUACUCUGUCAUGAUCGCAAAGAUGAUCCUUAGAGAUUUAUGUCGUUUCAUGUUUGUCUACCUAGUAUUCCUGCUGGGAUUUUCUACAGCUGUGGUGACUUUAAUUGAAGAUGACAAUGAGGGGCAAGACACAAAUAGCUCUGAAUAUGCCCGAUGCUCCCAUGUGAAACGCGGCCGCACGUCCUACAAUAGUCUGUAUUAUACCUGCUUGGAGCUUUUCAAGUUCACUAUUGGGAUGGGGGACCUGGAGUUCACAGAGAACUACAGGUUCAAGUCUGUGUUUGUCAUCCUUUUGGUUCUUUAUGUCAUCCUUACGUACAUCCUCCUGCUCAACAUGCUUAUUGCACUGAUGGGGGAAACGGUGAGCAAAAUUGCACAGGAGAGCAAGAGCAUCUGGAAACUCCAGAGAGCCAUCACCAUCUUGGAUAUCGAAAACAGCUACUUGAACUGUUUGAGGCACUCGUUCCGGUCUGGGAAACAAGUCUUGGUGGGGGUCACACCUGACGGCCAAGAUGAUUACAGAUGGUGCUUUAGGGUUGAAGAAGUGAACUGGUCCACAUGGAAUACUAAUCUGGGCAUAAUCAACGAAGACCCUGGGUACUCGGGGGACCUCAAACGAAAUCCCAGUUACUCUAUUAAGGCUGGCAGAGUUUCAGGGAAAAACUGGAAAACAUUGGUUCCACUCUUAAGAGACGGAAGCAGGAGAGAAGAGACUCAAAAAAUACCAGAAGAAGUCAAAUUAAAACCUAUUUUGGAGCCAUAUUAUGAGCCAGAAAAUUCUGAGAUGUUGAAGGAGUCACUUCCAAAGUCAGCCUAAUCUCAUUUUCAAGAAGGUGGUUAAUUCUAAUUGCCUAUGUUGGUCCUCACAAGCAGGGUGGUUAGAGCUCUUCAUUCAUAAGAACAGGGGUUUACAGCAAAUGGUCAGAGGAUUUAGGAAAUUACUGUGUGCAAGGAUUUAUUAAGGAUGCUAAAUAAACUACUUGUUGUUUAA